AUGAAUCGUAAGAACGCACUGAACAUUAGUAUAAUUCACCUGCCAUUUUUUGGACUUGUUGGAUCUGAUCGACUGAUCCUAGACACUGCUAUUUCUUUUCAAACUAAAGGACAUACUGUAAAAAUAUACACAAUAGAUUAUGAUCCUACGAUGAGCUUUGCAGAUGUGGCAUCUGUAAACAUAAUCUCUUGUCGAACAUAUUUUCCAGUACACUGGAAUGGAUUUGGCAGCCGUUUCUUCUACUUUCUCAAGGCCAUGGUAUUGAUAUUUUGUUCAUUUAGUUCUAUACUCAAAAGCGAUAUUGUGUUUUGUGACCAGCUUCCUAAUCCCAUUCUUCUGCUACGCAUAAUAUCUUAUUUUUGGUGGGGAAAGAGCCCUUUUUUUGGAUUCUAUUGCCAUUACCCUGAUUAUUCGGACCCUUACAAGGGGGGAGGCCUACUCAAAUACAUUUACAAAGAUGUCUUUAAUAGAAUUGAAAGGCUGGGGAUGUCUUUGGCUGAUGUUGUAUAUACAAAUUCUACCUUUACAAAGAAUGCUAUUUUGGGUUAUUAUCCCAAUUUCCCUCAUCAUAAGGUUCGAGUGCUAUAUCCUGGAACUCCAAACGCAGGGGCUAUAAAUGAAUCUAAUUUUGCAAAAGAUCCUAUUUUGUCGAUUCUGAAGGGAUCUGUGAUUCUUUCUUCCAUUAAUAGAAUAACCCCCUUUAAAAAAAUCGAGCGUGUCAUAAAAUUGGUUUCUGAGAUGAAAAAGCAUUACGCGAAUUUCAUUACCGUCAUUGCAGGGGGAAAUUGGGAUAAU